AUGAAGAGCCCUAUAUACCGCCCAGAGGAGGCCGACCCCAAUCUACAUGACAAGUCCGACGUUGAUGUGGAUGAGAAUGCCGAUGCUGAGUCCGACAUUGGUAUGGAUGAGAAUGCCGAUGCCGAGUCCGACGUUGGUACGGAUGAAAUUGCCGAUGCCGAGUCCGUUGUUGAGGAUGAGAACAAUGUUGUCGAGCCCGUCAACAUAGUCAAGGACGCCCAAGUCGAGCUCAUCAUUGAGGAUGAUAUCCGUGACAUCCUUUUGGAGAAUGACCGCCUCAAGGCGACUACCAAGCUCUCCAAAGCCUUCGCCAUGGGGCUACCGGAGGACACCAUUCACCUCAUUGUCCAGCGUGCAUCGCCACUGCAAUCAGAUACAAGCACGCCACACACGCUCGAGUUGGAGGCGAGGAUGGAGGAGCUGCUGAUGGAGAAUGAGAACCUGCGUGGGGGCAAGAGCAUCGUUGUAUUGAACGUCGUCUUGCGGCCGAAUCGCAGCGAGUGUUUCUCCUGGACGACAGACACUGAGACAACGAGCAUUAAGGAACUGGAGAGGGCCAUCUACGAUGAAUAUCCCGACCGAGAGGACGGCGACGCCAAGACGAACACAAGGACGUUAACAGUAGCUCUGGAGACACCGACCAAGAAGUACACCGACUUCACACUCAAGGAGGUCAACAGCCUGUGCAAGAUCUCGAACAUGGAAGCACCAACUAUGACUGACUUACCGCCCUUCACUGGCAUCUCGACAGAGGCACUUGACUCAGACUUGCACAGGGAAUCGCUACGGAGACUGCUUGAUGAGCUCGACUCCAGGAUACGGGCGAUCCCCUCCCUAACCAACGAAACUACAUGCUCAGCCUACGUAUGCUCGUUCCUCACGCAAGCCGUUCUGAUAUUUAAUGGCUACCUGACACUCGCACCGGAGAGACCGCUUCGAGGCAGACACGGACAUGGCAAGGUCGACUAUGCUAUCGAGGCUCUUGCCAAGGAUGGCUCGAGACACGUACUGGGUGUCACAGAGCUGGAGUCAUCCUUGACGGUGAAGAAGCGCAAGCGCGACAGUGACGAUAACGGAGAUGAAGAGCGAGACGAGGACAGAUCUGUCUCUUUGAAAGCGUAUGGUAUCGUCACUGAUGCUACCUACUGGUUCUUUGUGGAGUGCACCGUCGAUCAAUCACAAGACUCUGGAGACCGCCCCAAGUUCAGGAUCUCGAAGCUGAAGGACAUCAUCAACUAUGACAAGGACACUUGGAGAAUGCACUCUGAGAUCCCAGGACGCGAGCUGCAGCUCAAGGAGCAGAAGUUUACCACAUCUGGACAGUCAGCAGGCAAGAUGCAGCGUGUCUAG